AUGGCGACAGAGGAUGAUGACAUGGAAAAUCUUCAACACAAACAGAGAUUAAAGGCAUCUGUUCAUCAUACUGUGGUGAAAAUUUGUUCAGAACUAGUACAGGACGAUGAGGCUGGGAUUACCAUAGACAACUCAGUGAAGGCAGCUAUAGCAGAAACCACAUGGAGAUAUAUUCAAGAGGUUACGCAGGAUCUGGAAAUGUUCGCUAAACAUGCAAAAAGAACUACCAUUAAUGCUGAUGAUGUCAAGCUUCUGUUGAGAAAAUGUCCAAAACUUCUGGAGCACAUUUCAAGUAUACACCAGACACAUACUGAAAGCAGGGUGAAACAGAAGAAAAAAAGUACGACCAAGAAGAAAAGUAGCGCUGUACCUGUAGCUGACUCAGAUGAGGAAAACUGAUUACUACUACUGAACCAGCUCAGAAAACUGUUUA